AUGGCGCAAGCUUUCACCUAUUCUCCUUUGGAUCCGUCCUCUAAAUGUAUUAGGCUUCUUGAAUUACUGCCAUCUGGACCUUCUGAAACAGUUCGCUGCAAACUACAUGUUGUCGACCGAACCUGCUGUCCAUCUUACGUUGCUUUAUCAUAUACCUGGGGUUCUCCGCAGAACAGGCAACCAAUCGAUUUGGAUGAUAUGGAGUUUCAUGUGCAAGAAAAUCUUUGGAACUUCCUGAGUACCAUGAACUUAUGCCGGAGAUGGCAGCUCUUCUGGAUCGACGCAAUAUGUAUUGAUCAGUCCAGUAUUUCGGAGCGAAAUCACCAAGUCAACAUGAUGAGGGAUAUAUAUGCCGGAGCAGAACUUACGGUGGUAUGGCUAGGCCAAGCCACUGAUUCCAGUGACCUCGCUAUUAGAUAUAUCGCAAAUCCAGGUUUACCAGCUCAAGAAACCAGAUCAGCCUUGGAGGAAGCAUUACAAAGUCUACUAGAGAAACCAUAUUGGAGUCGAAUAUGGAUUGUCCAAGAGCUCAUGCUCGCAAAAGACGUCAUGUUUUACUGCGGCACAAAAAGCUUUGGUUGGCAUCAGUUGGCAUCUCUUCGCCAGAAGAUAAAAACCCAUGUCGUGCACCAUGAUUCAUUGGGUAUCUCAAAAUGUACAGGUUCGGUGAUGAUCGCGCAGAAAAUGCUCUGGGAUAACCUUCCUCCAAAUGACCAGCACUUACCCCUCUCGGACUUACUGAUGACUUAUGGAAGGCACAAAAGUUCAGAUAUAAGGGAUAAAGUGUAUGCACUGCUUGGUCUUGCUUCGGAAAACUCAGUCCAGGCGAACUACAAUCUAUCAGUGGAAGAUAUAUAUAUCGAGGUAUUGGAGGCAAUAUGCAAAGAGAGAAAUCCCAGAUAUCAGCUCUCCACCAUCGAAAAUACGUUACAGGAAAUGUUGGGUUUGCCGAUGGGCCUCAGAAGACCACAGAUUUCGAGAGGCGAUCCUAUACCUGCAGAUGCCUUUGCGAUAAGGGUACUGGAGUUACGGCGGCAAAUGCUUGGCAAUACACACCCCCAUGUUCUUGAAGGAAUGGCCAGUCUCGUACAGUUAUACAGUGAGCAGGGCCGACCAAAGCUAUUUCAACCUCGGCAUACUGCACUAAAUAAGGCUGAGCACUUAGGAGAUGAAGUAUUACAGCUGCAACAAGAAGUACUUGGUAAAAAACAUCCUAGGACUCUUCAGAGCAUGACAAAUCUCAUGUCAAUUUAUCUUCAGCAAGUCAGGCUUGAUGAGGCUAAAAAAUUAGGAGAUGAAGUAUUACAGCUGCAAAAAGAAGUACUUGGUGAAAAACAUUCCAGUACUCUUCAAAGUAUGGUAAAUCUUGUGCUUAUUUACCAUGACCAAGGCAGGCUUAGGGAAUGUGAAGAGAUGUUGGAUCAAAUUUUUCAAAACAGGGCAAAUCUUGUGGCAGUAUACCGCGAGCAAGACAAGCUUAAAGAAGCCGAGAACAUAUGGGGCGAAGUGUUUGAACAAGUGUUUGAACGCAUAAAGGGCAUGGUGUGGAUAUACCGCAGGCAAGGCAAGCGUAAGGAGGCUGAGGAAUUGAGAGACAAGAUGUUACAGCUGAAAAAAGAAAUAUAUGGUGAGAAUCAUCCUGCUUUUCUUGAUAGCAGAAAUUUCUUUGCAAGGAUAUUGGCCCGACAGGGAAGCUAA